AUGACGAGCGACGCCCUGGAAUGGUGGUCAAAUGUUAGGGCGUUGGGGUGGAUGUGGGUAGAUUAUGCAGCGGAACGGACAGAGGAGAUCUAUGGAAAAUGGAAUCCGGUGUUCCUCGACGCUAUCAUUCAGUUGAAUGGAGCUGGCUUCGUUGGCACUCGUGGUUCUACAAUGUCCACACUAGCUAGCCGCAGGGUACAGUCGUGGCAUGACGGAGCGACUCGACUCAUUAAAUGGGGGUGGCUGGGCGUGGACGACCACUGAUGCUGAUCGGAAUGCUAGAAUCAAGAUUGCUUUGCGCUGUACAAAUCAUUGGCCACAAUGUUCUUGUAUUUUUUAUUUAUGAUGCAGAUAAUGAGCUUGAAAGUUUGUUGCAGAGGUGUGAUACUCGCUUGAUGUCACGGUAGGGCUUGAAACUGUGAAGACAAAUGU